GGUGGCGGUGCAGCGGGUACUUCGGCGGCAUUCUGGUUGAAGAACGCGUUUGAAAAUACAGACAUUGACCUACACACCACUCUUUAUGAAAGUAGCCAUCGCUUAGGUGGUCGUACAAUGACUACGCCUGUUAAAGGAGACCCAGCACUAGGCGUAAUUGAGGUCGGAGCGUCUAUUUUCGUGGAGGCCAAUCACAAUCUGAUGAAUGCAACAAAGCAGUUUGGCCUGAAUCGUACAACCUUGGCUGCCCAAAAACAAAAACUGGGUGUCUGGGAUGGUCAAAAUUUCCUGUUCCAAGAAACCGGAAGUACAUACUGGGAUGGUGUCAAGUUUCUUUGGCGUUAUGGAUCAUCUCCUUUGAAGGCCAACCGACACCUUGACACAGUUCUGGAGAGAUUUGAGCUGCUGUAUGAAAACGAUGCACUCCCAUAUUAUUCUAUUGAAGAAGCAUUUGAAGGAGUAGGCAUUUAUGAACUCUUGAAUACCUCAGCACAGGAAUAUCUUGAAAGUAGAAUGGGUGUCAAUACUAUCUUUAGUGAAGAAAUUGUUCAGAGUGCCACAAGAGCAAAUUAUGGCCAAGAUAUUGAUACACUUCAUGCAUUAGGAGCUAUGGUAUCUUUAGCAGCAAAAAAUUCGUGGUCUAUUCAAGGCGGAAACUUCAAGAUAUUUGAGGAAUUUGCUGAACGUUCUGGAGCAGAGAUUAGAAUGGAAACAACUGUGAAAAAAGUUGAAAAGAUCCAUGACAAACAAGGUGGUUACACGGUUACGACAAAUAAUGGCGACACUCAGAUAUACGAUGCUGUUAUACUGGCAGCUCCUUUUAACCCCAAUGAAAUACUUGAGCUACCAGUUUCAACAGGCUCAUAUGUCCGAGACUACAAAAUUGUUCAUGUUACUCUUCUGGCUGGAUACCCAGAUCCAUCAUAUUUUAGCUCGACUGAAAACGAUGUUCCAAACUUGAUUAUUACCACAGGAAAUGGCUUGCGUACUAAAUCUACAGCUCCAUUCACAACUUUUGCCGUCCACAGAAUCCUAGAGAAUGGUGAAAGUAUAGUCAAGAUAUUUUCUUCGACUGAACUCAAGGAAGAAUUGCUUGAUCAGCUGUUUUAUAAUCGAACCUGGACCUACCACCAAGCAUGGAAUGCUUUUCCUGUAUUACAUCCAAACACAGACUCAAAAUCAUCUUGGCCUCCAAUUAUUAUCGAUGGAUUUGAGAAUCCUGGUCUAGGUGGUCUAAUUUAUGUCAAUGCUUUCGAAAGUGCAAUUUCGACAAUGGAGACACAGACAAUUGCUAGUAAGAAUGCAGCAAAAAUUCUACACACUGAAUGGUGUACCAGCACCCUUUGC